AUGUCGUACGGAGAUGCUAGCUUUCUUGGAGGAGGCGCCUAUUCCGACGAACUUCUAUUUUGGUUCCGCACAGUUUGGAGCCCAGAUAUUGUUGCUGGUAUAAAACUGAAAGCCAGCAACCCCAACUACGUCCACAUCAACAGCCUUGAGUUCUUGGUAGCCUUUCUCCAGGAAGUUGCCACGGUUGUCCGCUUUGAAGGAACUUCCCAUGCCCAUCCACAAAUUCCCAAACGGAUUUUCCCAAUUCCCAACAUUUCGCACUUUACCUUGGAUGAGAAACUACGAUUAUUUCCAGCCGAGUCCCGAACUUUGCUCCGUCCUGCGCUCCUGUCUAUUCUCCAAUCCAAAGCAGGCGCCACCGACGAUCCCCGCAAAUCUGGGACACUUCGUUCCCGCCGACUCCAUUUCCUCAAGUUUUGCUAUGAUAUGAAGCUGCGCGACGACUAUUUAAUGAAUGGCCCUGACUUCCUUCACGAACGCCGCGUCGCAACCUUUGCACUCUACACAGUGGCCCUUGCUACCGGUCGCACAAUUAAAGGCCAAUAUAUCAAGUCUGCCACAAUCAAGCAGUACCUCCAUGCGGCAGCAUCUUUUAUCUGCCUUUUCACCGGUCGUGAUCCCCGAUACAACAACCCGAGCGACACCAAAAUGUCACCCGAUAUUCAUGCCACCAUUGCUGAAGUGGAGCGCCAUGAAAACGUUCCCAAUAAACUUGAGCCCUACACUGUUGGGAUAUGA